UUGGAAGGUGUCGCAUUGCCAAGCAGCCUGCAGACUUUGACCUUCGGAAAGGAGUUCAACCAGAGCUUGGACGGUGUCACCUUGCCAAGCAGCCUGCAGACUUUGACCUUCGACACCCAGUUCAACCGGAGCUUUGACAAUGUCAUGUUGCCAAGCAGCCUGCAGACUUUGACCUUCAGCCGGGACUUCAACCAGAGCUUAAAAGGUGUCAUUUUGCCGAGCGGCCUGCAGACUUUGACCUUCGACGAGCACUUUAACCAGAGCUUGGAAUGUAUGAUCUUGCCAAGCAGCUUGCAUACUUUGACCUUCGGCGACAAAUUCAAUCAGAGUUUGGAAGGUGUCACAUUGCCAGACACCAUGGAGAAUAUGACCUUCGGCGAGAGGUUCAACCAGAGCUUAGAAGGUGUCACCUUGCCAAGCAGCCUGCAGACUUUGACCUUCGGCAUGCACUUCAACCAGAGCUUGGAAUGUGUCAUGUUGCCAAGCAGCCUGCAGACUUUGACCUUCGACGACAGUUUCAACCAGAGCUUGGAAGGUGUCACCUUGCCAAGCAGCCUGCAGACUCUGACCUUCGGCGGGGAAUUCAACCAGAGCUUGGAAGGUGUCACGUUGCCAAGCAGCUUGCAGACUUUGACAUUUGGCUACGAUUUCAACCAGAUCUUGGAAGGUGUGAUCUUGCCAAGCAGCCUCCAGAGUUUGACCUUGGGCAACGAGUACAACCAGAGCUUGGAAGGUGUCACAUUGCCAAGCAGCUUGCAGACAUUGACAUUCAGCUACGAUUUCAACCAGUGCUUAGAAAGUGUCAUCUUGCCGAGCGGCCUGCAGACUUUGACCUUCGGCUACAAGUUUAACCAGAGCUUGAAAUGUGUGAUCUUGCCAAUCAGCCUGCAGACUUUGUCCUUCGGCGCUUGGUUCAAUCAGAGCUUGGAAGGUGUCAGCUUGCCAAGCAGUCUGCAGACUUUGACCUUGGGCACUCGGUUCAACCAGAGCUUGGAAGGUGUCACCUUGCCAAGCAGUCUGCAGACUUUGACCUUCGGCAGGGACUUCAACCAGAACUUGGAAGGCGUCACCCUGCCAAGCAGUUUGCGGACUUUGACCUUUGGUGCCGCGUUUGACCCUAGCUUCUUGGACGGCAUUACAUUGACAAGCAGCUUGCGCGAGCUUUGCAUCGAGGAAUUUCAUGUUCGCGUUUAUUCUUCAGAUCUCAAUUGAUGAUGCCCGCGCGGUGCCUGCUGCCUGCCAAUGACUAGCCGGGCGGUGAAGGACCUCGCAGAUGAACGUAGCUCGAAGGAUCUCAAAGGAUGCGAUUUGGAUACAAA